AACCUACGAUGGACCAAAACGUGACACAUAUACGACGUCAUCUUCGUGCGACAACUGAGAAAUACUCGCGCCAAGAAGCUGCGCGGGUUCCCUCCACUUGACAACAAAUCUGAAACGCCACGGAGAGACUUAUUCAUAAUGGACAUCCGGCGAUUCUUUGCGCCUUCAACACAGAAAGGGACUCCUAAUGGAAAUGUCAGCACGAAGAGGAAAUUAUCCUCAGAAGAAGAGUUGAAAAAGAAGAAAGACACCAAGAUGAAGAAACAAGAAACACGGGAGAAACGUGUGCCUGACAAAAAACGGAAAAAACAAGCAGUCAUAGAAUCAGAUUCCGACUCAGAGGAGCGAGACAAUAAGUCCACGAAAUUGCCUAAGAACCAGAAGAUCAGCAAAGCUGCACAAUCUCGCAAGAAAAAGCCAGUUCACCGCAUCUUGCUAUCAGACUCAGACAGUGACAACUUUGAAUCCUUGAAGAAGUCCUCCAUAACCAAACAAAAUGGCAAUUCUCAAAAGAGCAAAUCAAGUCCAAGUGGGAAAGAGGCUGCCGAGUCUUCCAUCAAGUCAUCCUCUGCUCAUGUGAAAAUUGGAGCAGCGACUCCUGUCACACCAAAGUCGGCACCACCCCCUCGUGCCAAACAAACCCCCACCUCUGUGUUUGACUACUUUGGCAACGAAAGCAUCCAGCGCUCGGGCAAGAACCUGGUCGCCAGCACUAAACGAAAGACUCCCAUCCAGGAUACAGAUGAUCUGAGCGAUGAGCAAAUUGCGAGACAACUACAAAUGGUUGAAGAUGAUGAGCUGGAGAAACAGAUCCAUGAAGAUGAAGACUUUGCAAGAACACUUGCACUGCUGGAUUCAGAGCCACAGGCCAAAAAGAUUCGUAAAGGCUCAGACGAAAAAGACGUUGAGGCAUUCCCCAGAAAGAGUAAUGACCUCAGCCCUUCAAAGAACAACAGAGAGGACAGCAUGUCAGAGGACGUGAUAGGUCCCUCACCCAAGAAAAGCCCAGCUACACUCAAACCCAGUUCCAAACUAGGGAUGAUGAAGAGAAGAAACGAGGAAAAAGACGAAGACGCCACAAAGAGCAAAGCGAAGAGCAAACUGAAAGUCUCGCCCCACAAGGAGCCACUGGCUGUGUCAAGUAGUGAAAAGGUGCAGGCAUCCAAAAGAGGAACUGCACCUAAAACUUCUCCCAUUGAAUCAGAGAGCACAAGACCCGAUGAGGCAGAAAAGAAGAAACUCAACACUUCCGCCUACAGGAGUUACCUCACCCGAGAUGGACCACGAGCACUGGGCUCCAAAGAAAUCCCUACGGGUGCAGAUAAUUGUUUGGAGGGGUGUGUCUUUGUGUUGACGGGCGUUCUGGAGUCAAUGGAGAGAGACGACACCAAAUCCCUCAUUGAGCGCUAUGGCGGCAAAGUGACUGGCAACGUCAGCAAGAAGACCACCUACCUGGUGCAGGGUCGAGACAGCGGCGUCUCCAAGUUGGAGAAGGCGGAGAGUUUUGGGACUAAAAUCUUGAGUGAGGAUGAUCUGUUGGAGCUGAUUAGGACCAAACCAGGGAAGAAGUCCAAGUAUGAGAUUGCUGCAGAGGCUGAGAUCAAAGCCUCAAAGACCAGGACUCCUCCAGGCUCGGCCUCAAAGAUCACCCCUAAAGCUUCAAAGAUCUCGCCUUCCAAAGGCAACUCCAAGUCCCCUCAGACUCCAACUCCCUCCAAGACGGGACAGACAACCAGACGCGGUGGCAAAACCGCGCAUGGCGGAACACCACCCGGAAGAGGCUCAGCUCAAACUGCUCGUAGGGAAUUGGCCCUUUCUUCCUCCUCAACCUCUGGCCCGCACUCUGUAAUGAAAUCAGUAAACAAUGAAGGUGCCAGUCUUCUGUGGGUGGACAAAUACCGGCCAUGUUCGCUGAAGGCUGUGAUCGGCCAGCAAGGGGAGCAAAGCUGCGCCAACAAGUUGCACCGCUGGCUGCAAAGCUGGUUCAAGCAUCACAGCAGCGGUGCCUCCAAACCACCAGUUGCCAGAUUUGGAAAGUUUGGUGCAGGAAAAGAUGAUGGAUCAGGAUACAAAGCUGCUCUGCUUUCUGGACCGCCUGGUGUGGGGAAGACCACUACAGCAGCCCUCGUCUGCGAGGAGUUGGGCUUCAGCUAUGUCGAAAUGAAUGCAAGUUGCACACGCAGCAAAACCAACCUAAAGGAAGUAGUUGCAGAGUCCCUCAACAACACCAGCAUCGAUGGCUUCUACAAAGGCACAUCGCAGAAAGUCAGCGCAAAACACGUCUUGAUCAUGGACGAGGUGGAUGGCAUGGCGGGCAAUGAGGAUCGAGGCGGUAUGCAAGAAUUGAUCGGCCUCAUCAAAAAUUCCAAGAUUCCCAUUAUCUGCAUGUGCAACGAUCGGAACCACCAGAAGAUCAGAUCAUUGGCCAAUUACUGCUUUGAUCUGCGCUUCCAGAGACCGCGCUUGGAGCAGAUCAAGGCAGCGAUGAUGUCCAUUGCUUACAAGGAAGGCAUCAAGAUUCCGCCUCCGGCACUUAAUGAAAUUAUCUUGGCCUCCAAUCAAGACAUCAGACAGGUGAUCCAUAACCUCAGCAUGUGGUCAGCAAAAGACAAGGUGAUGACUUAUGACCAGUGCAAGACUGACGCCGCCGCCGCUCGCAAGGACAUGAAGUUAGGACCAUUUGACGUCUGCCGGAAGGUGUUCGCCAUCGGCGAGGAAACGGCCCACAUGAGCCUCAUUGACAAGUCGGAUCUCUUCUUCCACGACUACUCGCUAGCGCCCCUCUUUGUCCAGGAGAAUUACUUACACGUUCGGCCUGCCGCCGCUGGCGGCGAUGCAAAGGCCCACCUCGUGCUACUCAGCAAGGCUGCCGACUCUAUCAGUGACGGAGACCUGGUGGACCGUCGCAUCCGCUCAGGGCAGAACUGGUCUUUGCUACCCACGCAGGCCAUCUACGCCAGUGUAAUCCCAGGUGAACUCAUGAGAGGUUACAUGAGUCAUUUCCCGUCCUUCCCAAGCUGGCUGGGCAAGAACUCAUCGGCAAGCAAACAUUCCCGUGUCGUCCAGGAGCUGGCCACGCAUAUGUCUUUGAAGACGAUGAGCAGCAGACAGGCGGUGAACCUGGACUACCUCUACUACCUGCAACAAGCCCUGCUCAGCCCCCUACAGAAGAUGGCGGCGGAGGGGGCUGGUCAGGCUGUGCAGCUGCUGGACAAUUACCAGCUCGUCAGGGAGGACGUGGACAGCAUGAUGGAGAUUGCUUCGUGGGGCGGACAACCUGACCCCUACUCCAAACUGGACUCCAAGGUGAAAGCAGCGUUCACUAGAGCAUACAACAAGGAAGUUCAUCUGACACCGUACUCCCUGCAAGUCGUGAAGAAGGGGCGCCGUGGCGGGGGUGGGGGUGAAGAAACUGAACUGGAAGUGCAGGAUGCUGAGAAGGACGCCUCAGUGUCUGAGGAUGAGCGGGACAACCUCAGUGUGGAUGCUAUGAUCAAACAAAAGAAGACCAAAGCCACCAAGAAGGAAAAGGCUGAGGAUUCUGGAAAGGGCAAGGGCAAAGGCAAAGGCAAGGGCAAGGCUAAAAAGUGACUGCCGAUCUAAAACAGAGCAUUGUGAGCUACAUCCUGACUAUGACCACUUCCUGGCCCUUUUAAAUUUGUAAAAGCCUCCCAAACACGAUAGUUCACCUCAUCAUGUCUGUGAGCGCCAAAUCAUGGAACUGCUUCUUGAGAGUGCAACAACAUUGCAGUAAUGCUUUGGCUGCUCACUAAUAAUAUUGUUGGAUCUAAUAAUAUUGUUGGAUCCAUAACUUUCCAAAUUUAAGGGUGGUCAAAAAAAAUGUCUUCAUUCCGGCAGCAAUGAGCUUGUGGCCAAAACAAGAUCCAAGCCCGUUAUCAUUAGCAGUCAUUCACAGGUUAUAAUUUCAUAUUUCCACAGUAUGUCAUAGAAACAGGAUAUAGCGACAGUGCGGUGUCACAGCUUUUCAGCCAAGUUGGCCUCAUUUUGUUUCCUCAUUAUACGCUGCAAAUGCAUAAUUUGAAUUCAAGGACACUGGCGCCUGAUGUUAAAGCUUCUCCAGCCAUAAAUAACACAGCCAAGUUAGCCAUCACACUUCGUGUCCAGUUUACCACAACACUUCAUCUUCAUUUCAGGCUUACAGCAGUCCACAAUGUUAAUGCAAAAAACCAUCAAGUCCAUUGCAGCCUGUAACCUGCUGAUGCUGCCAACACCUCUUAAGAAUAGCAACACUCCUGCUCUGCUGUGUUUUAUGGCUGAGUGUUUCUGACAAAUGGAAGAGACUUGGAUCGUAAACAUGCUGUGUGCCGUACUAUUUCACAGGGGCAGACCAAAGGUAUGUACUUGCUGCUCAACUUUUAUUGUAUAAAAGCCACAAGAGCACAUUAAAGCAUACAUACAUGUGUACAUACAUCAUUGAUGGAGGUGCCUUAUAUGGUAUAAAAAAGGUCGCUGUAGUCAUCACAACUGUCGUGGUACAAAAAUAAUCACAGACUAUAGUGCAAUAAUAACCAUUUUUGUACAUAUUAAACAAAUGUCGUUUGAGCAAAUGUUUAUUUUCUUCUUAUUUGAGUGACAAUUUUACUCAAAAUUGUAAUGUUCAAAGAAACACAUUAGGUUAAAAAUGUCAUUUUGAAAAAACUAAGCGGUAGUAUGAGGAGAACAUUUUAAUUCAGUAGAUGCCUGCGGUGUGACUUGGAAAAUAGAUGGAAAAAUAUGGGGGCCAUACAGGAUAUGAAACAUAUUUACUUGGAUGAUUGGUUAAAAUGCUGAAUGCUAUUUUCUUUGUCACUAAUUGCUUGGCAAAUCAUUUUUUGUUUCAUGUAAAAAAAAUAAAAAUCACAGCUUUUCA